UGUUAGUAUAUUAAUUUUAUGAGUAGUACAGGAUAAAAACGAACCAGCUUGCCCUGUUGUAGCCCGCAAUGAAAGUAAAGGUGCUUAGUAGGAAUCCGGACGAUUAUGUCCGCGAGACGACGCGGGAUAUACAGCGUGUUCCAAGAAAUUAUGAUCCAACCCUCCACCCAUUUGAAGUACCAAGAGAAUACACUCGAGCCCUGAAUGCCACUAAACUGGAACGUGUAUUUGCCAAGCCGUUUGUGGCUUCCCUGGACGGACAUAGAGAUGGGGUUAAUUGUAUGGCAAAGCACUCCAAGAGUUUGUCCACUGUAUUGUCAGGAGCCUGCGAUGGAGAGGUGAAAUUGUGGAACCUGGCCAAGCGUGAAUGCAUACGCACGAUUCAAGCACACGAAGGCUUUGUCAGGGGGAUAUGCUCUCGGUUCUGCGGCACCUCCUUUUUCACGGUGGGAGAUGACAAGACAAUCAAACAGUGGAAAAUGGAGUUGCCUGGAUACGGAGAGAAAGAAGAGCCAAUAAACACUAUUCUUGGGAAGGCUGUGUUCACGGGGAUAGAUCACCACCAGUCGGAGAGCACCUUUGUGACAUGUGGUCAGACCGUGGACAUCUGGGAUGAGCAGAGGAGCAGCCCCAUUCGCUCCUUCAGCUGGGGCGUGGACAGUUUCAGCUGUGUCCGCUACAAUCCUGUAGAGACUGAACUACUCGCUAGCUGCGCUUCAGACAGAAGUAUUGUGUUGUAUGACAUGAGAGAAUCUACACCUCUGAAAAAGGUUGUCAUGCAAUUGAGGAGCAACACACUCUGCUGGAACCCCAUGGAAGCUUAUGUAUUUACAUGUUCCAAUGAAGAUUACAACCUGUACACAUAUGACAUGAGAAAUCUGACCGCUCCUGUGACUAUUCAUAUGGACCACGUGUCUGCCGUCCUGGAUAUAGACUAUUCUCCAACAGGAAGAGAGUUUGUGUCUGCCAGCUUUGACAAGACUAUCCGCAUCUUCCCUAAAGACAGCGGACACAGCAGAGAGGUGUACCACACCAAGCGUAUGCAGCACGUCAUUUGUGUGAAGUGGUCAGCAGACAACAAGUACAUCCUUAGCGGCUCUGAUGAAAUGAACAUCCGCUUAUGGAAAGCCAGUGCCUCGGAGAAACUGGGAGUGCUCAGUCCCAGAGAGAGAGCUGCCGCAAACUACAACGAAAAGCUGAAGGAGAAAUUCCAGCACCACCCUCAAAUCCGCCGCAUCGCCCGCCACCGACACCUGCCCAGAGACAUCUACAAGCAGAGGAGAGAACUGCGAGAGAUGAGGGAGGCGCGGCGCAGGAAGGAACAGAACGUGCGUAAACACAGCAAACCCGGCUCUGUUCCCGUGGUGACAGAGAAGGAGAAACAUAUUGUGACUGUUGUGGAGUAGAGGAUGGUUUUAUGUGGAUCCAGCAGUAGUGCGUCUGUCCAUUUUCACACACACACACACACACACACACACACGUAUACCAACUCCUAAAUAAAAGACUUCCAGAUGACUACAGGUGCUCCUUUAAACUUUUCAGUGGCAUGUCUGUGCUUUUUUUUCCACAUACAUGUACACACACACACACACACACACACACCAGUAUUUUCUAAAUACAAGACUUCACGUACUCUUUAAGAUGUUUCAGUACAGCAAAUGGAAAAUAUGUUUUUGUUUCAUUUUUGCCACAACUGAAUACAUCAAAAUUACACUCAGUUCAAGACUUAAAUGAAGCUUUAUAUCAAGGAUAACUUAAAAAGUUCAAACUGUAAAAUUGG